CUCACGUCUUGACCUCCCACAGACACUCUAACAGAGUCGAGUCUGGAUGAGUAACAGCCCGGUUCGUCUGAGUCGGCAUGGAUCUGUCCUGAGUGGCGCGUUUUCUUCCUUUUCCUCCACAUGAGCUGCUGCUGGAUGCUACUCGCCCUCCCCCCGCCGCACUUGUUGCGCAGACACUGGAUGCGCCGCUGACUCCUUGGAGAGGAGAGGAGAGGAGAGGCAGGGACGGACUGCAACAGGUGCACACAGAGAAUCUUCUCCAAAAAGGCUGCACCGGACCGAAGAUUCAAACUUUAAAUGCCGAUUUGAAGAUCUUUGUCCGCCUUCAGCCCUCACCGCGCGCACAAAGCCAGAAUGCCGGUUCUGACGAGCCCCGACAUUGCCAACAAGUUUCAGGAGAGAUGGCUGGCGGUGAACCCGGAGGUCACCGGGUGUGAAUCGCUCCCCCUGGAUGACAGCCUCACCAGCCUCCACUGGCUCCAGAAUUUCUCCAUCCUCAACGCGGACCCGGAGCGACCCACCGGAGCUGGUCCGGGCUGCCCGUCCUCCCAGCAGCACCUGUUUCUCAAGCGGCUCGGAGUCCCCAGAGGUGGCACCGACUCUCCGUCCAGCCCACCAGCCGGGGACACCGCCGCCACUGGGAUGCCUCUGUACCUCGGGAGCCCCGUGACCUCCGGCAGCGACUCCACCGCGGUGCCGCACUUCAUCAAUUGCGCACAUCCAGGGAACGACUACGCACAGAUCCCCAUCCAGGCCAGUCCACCUGCAGAAGUCGACUACAAAACCAACCCUAAAGUCAAACCUCCCUAUUCCUACGCGUCUCUCAUCUGCAUGGCCAUGCAGGCCAGCAAACAGCCCAAAGUGACUCUGUCCACCAUCUAUAACUGGAUAACGGAGAAUUUCUGCUACUACAGACACGCGGAGCCCAGCUGGCAGAAUUCCAUUCGGCACAACCUUUCCCUCAACAAGUGUUUCAAGAAGGUCCCCAGACAGAAAGACGAGCCGGGGAAGGGAGGCUUCUGGCAGAUCGACCCGCAGUAUGCAGACAUGUUUGUCAAUGGCAUCUUCAAACGCAGGAGGAUGUCUGCUAACAGCUACAGCAGCAGCAGCAGCAGCCUGGCGGCGGCGGCGGCUUCCCACAGACAGAGCAAACUGGUUCAGGGUUAUCACAGCGCCCAAAAUGGCUGCCCUUACCAAGGCGGCAAACGGAAGCACCUGCCGUCUAAGAGCAUCAGCAAGGCGAUGAGGGCGUCGGAGUCGCCUCUUUUAGCGACAGACGCUCACAAAGCCGACAUCCUUAGGGGCGACUUUGACCUGGCGUCCGUGUUCGACGACGUCCUCAGCGGGAACUGUAGCACCUUCGAGGAUUUGGACAUCAACACGGCGCUGAGCUCCCUCGGCUGCGAGAUGGAGGUUUCCAUGCAGGCGAGGCAGCACCCAGCGGGGCUUGGGAGGUGGUGCGGCGGAGGGGACGUCAUGGGUCAGAGCCAGCACCUGAACCACCACCAAUCCUACGGUUACAUGGAGCUGAACGCCGCUUCCCUGGACUGCACGGUCAAUAUGGGAGAUCUGCACGUGCAGCAGCAUCCGCAGCAGCUGGACCCGGAUCAGCUGCUCCAGAGCCACCACCACCACCUGCAGCAGUUCGACGAGCCCUCGGCGCUGUUCCCGGAGCAGCCCGAGGAGGUGGUGCUGCAGCCCUGGGACGAGAUCAAAGAAGAGGCGCAGGCGAUUCCUCUGACUCUGGAUCAGGGCUUCGGCCUGUGCGAGGGCUUCUUCUCAGAGAUGCAGCCAUGGGAACGAGUGGAGGCCUAUCUGUGACCUUUGACCCCAAGCCUCAUUGACUCCUAAUUAUCUCCCAAUGAGCUGAACAUGUGUGAUGACUGGUCCGACCCCCAACAGGAUAACACUGGUUACUACGGUGCAGCUACUUCUGCAUUCCCUCCGAUCAUCUGCAGCGCAAAACAUCUGUAAUCUUUGUUUUGUUACAAUUCAAACAUGAGAAUGUCAAACCUAUCUUGAACUUGAACUAUGAACCCAGUCAACAAAGAUUCCCGUAACAAAAAAUAUGCAACAAUUAGUCAAUCGACAGAAAAAUAAUCACCAACUAUUUGGACAAUCGAUUAAUCAUUAAAGUAAUGUUUCGUGCGAAAGUGGCAGAAAAUGCAGUUUUCAGCCUCUUAGAAAUGCAGAUUUCCUGCUUUUCUCUUUUUUUUAUAUCAUAUUAAUGUGAAUACCUUUGGGUUUUGGACUGACGAAUCAUUGAAAGACAUCACUUUGGACUUUGAGAGACUGCGAUGGACAUCUUUCACUGUUCUCCGACAUUUCAUAGCCAAACAGUGAAACGAUCUGCAGAAGAUAAUCGGUAGUUGCAGCUCUACAUCUGAUUAAAAAAGGUUGUUACGCGACAUGAUUAGGGAUUAUUCACCCGGCACAGACUCCCAUUCCUUUCGAAGGGUGUCAGGUGAUUGACAGCCGUGUGUAACGCGACACAACACCGACGUAUCGGCCACAAAUGAAAUGACAAUACAAGUGAGAAACUUUUACAAACCAAAUUAAAGUUUCACGUGGACACGUUGGACUUUCUGGAAGUAUAACGUCUCGAACGUCAGCUGGUGAGAAGAGAAUGUGUUCAAAUGACCUGCAGCUAAUUCCUUUUGAUGAAACGAUGACAGAAGACCUCAUCCACCCUCCUUUAAAGCGCUCUCCACCUGCGACUGAGAAGACUUGCAGGAUUCUACUUUGCUACAUUAGCAUUAAACUUUUUUUUUACUAACAUGCAGCAAAAUCAGCCAUUCAUCAAGUUAUGAGAGCAGGAUGGAGACUUUAAACUCAUAGUCUGAGAUUAGAAAUCAGUCAUUUAUGGCUUUGUUAUAUAGUCGAUUUAAUAUAUAUUCACUAAAGUAUAUAGCAUAAAGCUAGGCCGGAAUAUUUGCCAUUUGUCUACAGUUAUGAGGAGCAGAGCUGAACAUCGAUCGCCUUCUUGUCAGUCAUGUAAAUCGAACAUUAUGCACUUUGAUAGGCAGCAGUUUUAGGAAAGCAAGACAGCUUUUAUUUCCAGGAUGUCUUAGUUUUAUUUUUUAUCGUAUUAAAAUGACGGUUUUCUAAAGGUUUACUGACCAUAAUGAAAGUGAUGCAUAUGCUGUAAUUAUCCAUAUCAGUUUGUCUUUCAACAUUUUCUCUUUUUGUUGCUUAAAUAUACUGUUUUUAUUUCCAAAUAUAUACAAAACUGGGCAUUUGUUGAUUAUAUUUCGCCAAAUCUGUUGAUAAGGAAUAUGCAGUUCAUUGGUGUUUCUGUGUUGAUUAAUAAUAAGAAAAAAAAGUUCUGUUUUCUGUCACUGGGUGAUGGAUUUGUCCUUGAUUACUUUGGUGUAUGUCUUUUUUUUUGUAUGGUUUGUCUUCACAAUUCUAAAUGUGUCGGUUUGAGGAGACGAAUGACGAGCAGAUACAACUCGACUCUUACAGGCCAGAUUUUCUUAUUGUAUCAUAUUGAUCAAGUUUGAUACUCUUUAAUCCCACCAUGUUAUUUUCAUUUGUACUUUUUUAAGCUGUUUAAAAAUGCAAUCAUGCCUUGAUGCAAUAAAUGGUGUCAAUUAAAGAAAGAACAAUAACAAAAACAUGCAUUGUUCACUUGUCACUGUGCAAUAUCAGAGAUGUAAACGCUCACACGCUCACAGUGUUUCAAGCUGCAGUCAGGAUCAUUGUGUGUGCGUGUGUGUGUGUGUGUGUGUGUGUGUGUGUGUGUGUGUGUGUGUGCGUGUGCAAUGAAG